AUGUCGCUCGUCGUUAUCCUGAAGAAUAUUCAAGGUCUUAAGUGCAAGGGCGAGAAGGUUGCAAAGGUUGACUUUCGAGAAGUAUCGCAUUAUUCAUCGAUACUCGAGGAGAGUGGAGAUGUUAUUGAGAUUGAGCAGAGUUUUACGUGGAAUUUAGGAAGACCAGUGGACGAAGCAGAAGUGCUGCAACUGGCAGUUGUAUCGCGCGGAGUCCUGAGAAACGAAAAAGUUGCGGCGAGAUACGGACUGGUGUUACAAACAGUAGUGCGUGAAGGGAGAAUCCUGGUCUCAGAUUCUCUGGUUGACCUCAAUAACAAACCGCUUUCGGCGGUGGUGUGCUUCGAAAUUCGAUACAAUCCCCCGGAUGGAAGUUGCAGCUCAUACGCGGUAUCGGAAAUAAUGGAGGACGAGCAACAAAUGUUGAUCGACAUCGAGCAGAAUAUCGCAAACCUCGAGAAGAGUCUCGAGCAAGCCAAUAGUAGUUCAACCGCUGGGAAAAGAAGAGGAUCUUGGCAUACUCCUGAGAAAACAUCGAAAAGAAGUUUCUUACCAAGGGGUACCUCUCUGUCAACUGGUGAAAAGUCGCCCGACACUCGAAAACGAAGUACCACUUUGAGAAGCGUGCGAUCCCUGCUGAAAUUGGGAAAGCAGAGACCCCCACGUACUCGAUCCUGUGACAGCAACUCGGAAACGAGAGAACUUCUUGAUAGACAGGACUCCAGCUGUCCAACUUCGAAUGAGCCUUCGCGAACAAACUCUAUGACAUCCCUCGAAACGAAUGCUUCCGAUAACGAUAGUCAGCUAAGCGCUAAUCCUGAACAGGCGGAAGUAGUUGUAAAACCGGCCAAGAGAUCCAAGCCUAAGACGAGCGAUACUUGGCAAAGCGCGUUAAAAGCUCAAGAUUAUCAAGUGUGCGUUACGAUCAUAGAAGCGCGACAGCUCGCCGGUCUCAAUAUGGAUCCAGUGGUGUGCGUACAAAUCGGAGAUCAACGCAAAUAUACAAGCGUCAAGGAGUCCACAAAUUGCCCGUAUUACAACGAAUACUUUGUCUUCGAUUUCCACAUGCCGCCUGUUAUGCUCUUCGAUAAAAUUAUUACGCUGUCGGUGCAGCAAUCGCGGAAUCUCUUGCGCGCUAAUCUAACGCUGGGCAGCUUUAAAUUAGACAUCGCGACGGUAUGGGCACAACCAGAUCAUCAAUUCUAUCAUAAAUGGGCCCUCCUCACCGAUCCGGAUGACGUUGCCGGUGGACCAAAAGGCUAUCUAAAAUGUGACAUAAGUGUUAUUGGUAAGGGUGAUACCGUGAAAAUUCCUCCAAAAAGUGAAAAGGACGAGGAUGACAUCGAAGGCAACCUCUUAUUACCGGACGGUGUGCCAAUUGAGAGACAACGCGCAAAAUUCGUGGUGAAGAUCUACAGAGCUGACGGUUUGCCAAAAAUGAACAGCAGUAUUAUGGCAAACGUGAAGAAAGCUUUUACGGGAGAAGUGAAGGAUUUAGUGGAUCCAUACGUUCAAGUGUCUUUUGCCGGACUCAGCGGGAAAACAAGUGUGAAGAGGCACAGUUAUGCUCCAAUAUGGAACGAACAAAUAGUUUUUACCGAGAUGUUUCCUCCCCUAUGUCAGAGGAUAAAGAUACAAUUAUGCGAUAACGACCCAGUACACGCCACCGUCAUCGGUACACACUUCAUCGACCUUAAGCAGAUCAGCAACGAUGGUGAAAAGGGCUUCCUGCCGACCUUUGGUCCGGCGUUUAUCCAUCUUUAUGGUAGCAUCAGAGAUUACAGUCUCAUAGACGAACACUCGACGUUGAAUACCGGCUUGGGCGAAGGAAUAUCAUAUAGAGCGAGACUUUUGAUAGCGAUACGAACCGAGAUUACCGAUAACGUGGAAAUAGCACCGUCGGAAGUCGAAGUGGAGCCAACGGUGCCAGUCAACGAAACCGCCUACGCAAGGAAUGAAGAAUUUUUCUUAUAUGCCACAAUCAUGGACGCUACGAUGAUUGACAAGAAGCUAGGCGAUAAGCCGAUGUACUUUGAAAUAUCGAUCGGAAACGCGGGUAACGCUCUCGAUGGUCACAAUGAAAGUUUCAAGAUGUAUGAUAUGAAAGGUGGAACAAGCGGGGAAGAGGAAGACCUGCAAGAAGUUCUCGCUGGAUCUUGGCAAAGUACCACACCGGCUAGUAAACCAAUGACGCACGAUAAAAUUUAUUAUUUUUUACCGUACUGGGACGACAAGCCAUGUCUUCAUGUACGAAGCAUAUGGCCGGAUUAUAGACGUCGAAUGUAUAACAGUAAUAUUAUUGGCAAGAUUGUCGAUAAACUGGAAGAAGGAUUGUCGGAGGUUCAAUCGCACUUGGAAGACUCAACGUGUGAAAAGCUUUUAAAGUCUACUCUCGAGGAACUCAGCGCGAAUUGUAAUCGAUAUGUCAGUAUUAGCAAGUCCAGCGUGACCGGCCCGGGCGUCGGAAAAACAAAGCUGGACAAGGAGCGUACAAAAUUAUGUCAGCGGGAGAUGGAGAAUAUCGGAAUUUUAUCGCGCAACCUCAAAGCUCUCGUGACUAAAAGCAGCUUCAAAGAAAGAUUGAAGACAGCUCACAGUUACCUGCAAAAGUUAAAGUUUCUCGUCGACGAUCCGCAAGACUCUCUGCCGGAUGUGUUCAUCUGGGUGAUCAGCUCCGGAAGACGAGUAGCGUACCAGAGAAUAUCAGGUCGCGAACUAAUCUACUCGGUGGUCGACGAAGAAUGUGGCCGACAUUGCGGAAAAGUACAGACUAUGUUCCUUAAGCUCCCAGGCAAAAAAAGAUUCGGACCCUCGGGAUGGGCGAUCCAAACAAAAUUACAGAUCUACAUGUGGCUAGGAAUAUUGAAGCACAAGAAGUACUUCAUUCAAGGUUUACCGAAGGGAUACGAAAUCAGUCACGAAUUGAGGAAUGUGGACAGGCCUCGCGCUUUACCGCCUACCGUAAUUCACUACGUUCAGAAACACAAAUUUCAAUUAAGAGCUCACAUGUAUCAAGCGAGAUCGCUGAUCGGCAGCGAUGCGUCUGGUCUCUCGGAUCCUUUUGCGAGAGUUAUCUGUGGUGAGUUUUGUAAGUGCACUCAAGUGAUUGACGAGACCCUCAGUCCAACAUGGGACGAAUUGCUGCUGUUUGACGACAUCUUAAUCUACGGCAUCGCUGAAGAAAUCAAGAAAGAUCCACCUUCCAUCGUCAUCGAGCUAUUUGAUCAGGAUAAAGUGAGUCAUAUUGUAGCUAUGGACAUAAAACUGCAUGAGGGCUCUGCUUUGACAGGAAAAUCGGAGUACAUCGGUCGGGCGAUUGCGCGACCUCAUGUCAAACUCGCCUCCGAGUCUUACACUCCUCCGCAAUAUCCACCGUCUUUGGAAUGGUAUGAUGUUACCAGGGGAGCCUCGAGGGCUGGCGAACUUCUGGCGGUUUUCGAAUUACUAGAAUAUCCCUCUACCAAAGAUUACGGCUUUCCUACUUUGCCGGAUCCUAAAGAUUCCAGCUGUGGAUCCCAAAUUCCAGGAUCCGGUCAGGAUCAAGGCCCGAUUCUUCCCGUGCCCGUGGGAAUUCGACCUACUUUAUCCAAAUAUCGAAUCGAAGUACUCUUUUGGGGGUUGCGUGAUUUGAAGAGAAUCCAUUUACUAACGGUCGACAAGCCACGUGUGGAUGUUGAAUGCGCCGGCCACAUUCUUUAUUCGUCUGUCAUAGCAAAUGCGAAGAAAAACCCGAAUUUCAAUACACCGAUUAAAUUUUUGGAAUUAGAGCUUCCUGAACAGGAGCUUUAUCGACCGCCAUUGACCAUAAGAGCGGUGGAUUGUCGGAGUUUCGGUAGAUAUACCCUCGUCGGUACUCAUACCAUCAAUUCAAUUCACAAAUACAUGUACUACCCUUUAACCAAAAGAGCAAAGGAUGCUCAAGAGAGAAAGAAGAGUUUGUAUCAGUUGCAAUGCACAGCUCUUGAGCAAUCCAAAUCAAAAUUGCCACAAACGUCAUUACUAGAAUCAAUGACUGACUUGGAAGCUAACAAUGGAGAUACCACCAUCACUCUUGGAUUCGAAUUAGGGUGUGGUCCUACGAAGAAAGAUAAAACGGAGCAAAACUUACGUAGGAAGCAAAGCUUAGUUAAUGAUAAUAACAUAGGCGAUUUAGGUGCAUUAGAGAAUGGGGAUGGCUGCCAAGAUUGGUGGACAAAAUACUUCGCAUCUGUAGAAGCAAUGAUCGAAGAGAACAAAGAAUUGCGUAAGGAGAAAUCCAUAUUUCAGAAUCAACCAAACGGGACACUACCAAUGCUCCUAGAUGAAGCUGUCAUGCAAAAUCAGUUGGCCUCCUCAGGCGAGAAGAAUUCCGGAAUUAAUUCGACAAAGAAAUUAUUUGGUCUGAAAUCGCCAACAAAUGCGGUGAAGUUCGUCUCGAGACUCAGUCCGAAGCAAACUCAACAUAAGUACAACAAGACCGCCCUACUGAAGAUAUAUCCAGGAGAACUGGAAGCGCAGCCCGAGUUCGAGCAGUUCAAAGAAUGGUUACACACUUUCGAACUAUAUCGAGGCAAAAAGACUGGUGACGAGACCGAGGACGAAUCAAGGAUUGUUGGCAGCUUCAAGGGCGCACUGAAGGUCUACAAGUGGCCGUUACCAAAAGAUCUGGUAGAUCAUACUGUGAUGGGUUUCGAUCCACAGUAUGGAUUCUUCCAGGGUGUCCCGUCAAACGAGCCUAUUCACGUCUUGGUACGGGUGUAUAUCGUCAAAGCUAAUGAUCUUCAUCCCUGCGAUCUAAAUGGGAAAGCGGAUCCUUAUGUGGUCUUACAAUUGGGAGGCAAGAGGAUCAGUGAUAAAGAGAAUUACGUAUCGAAACAAUUGAAUCCUGUCUUUGGAAAAUGUUUCGAGAUCGAGGCAACAUUUCCGCAGGACUCUUUGCUGACGGUGCAAGUCCUGGAUUGGGACUUGGUCGGAACAGAUGAUAUGAUCGGCGAGACUAAGAUCGACCUGGAAAAUCGCUUUUACAGUAGACAUAGAGCUACAUGCGGACUGGCGAAGAAAUACGACGAAUCUGGCUAUAAUAAAUGGAGAGAUGCAAUGAAACCGACUCAAAUACUCUCAAAGCUAUGCAAAGAUGGUAAAAUCGAUGGGCCAAUAUAUUCUCAUGGCCGGGUUACAAUCGGCAGAAAAACUUUCUCCCUUUCGAACGAGGAGAUGGAAUUUUAUGUACAUACAAAGGGAAUGGAAGAACAUCUCGCCUUAGCUGUUCUUCAUCAAUGGAACGCUUUUCCGCGAAUAGGUUGUGCCUUGGUACCUGAGCACGUGGAGACCCGACCUCUCUAUAAUCCCGAGAAACCGGGUAUUGAACAGGGAAAAUUGGAAAUGUGGGUGGACAUGUUUCCAAUGGACAUGCCCUCGCCGGGAUCAUCCAUCGACAUUUCACCGAGAAAGCCCAAGAGCUAUGAAUUGAGAGUAAUCAUAUGGAAUACAGACGACGUCGUCUUGGAAGAUGACGCAUUCUUCACUGGCGAGAAGAUGAGUGACAUUUAUGUAAAAGGAUGGCUAAAGGGACCCGAGGAUUGUCAAUACACCGAUAUUCAUUAUCGAUCAUUAACCGGCGAAGGAAAUUUUAACUGGCGUUUUAUAUUUCCAUUCGAUUAUCUAGUAGCGGAAGAGAAGAUCGUUAUUAAUCGUAAAGAAAGCUUAUUUAGCUGGGACGAAACAGAAUGUAAAAUACCAGCACGCUUAGAAUUACAGGUUUGGGAUGCAGAUCAUUUCUCAGCAGAUGAUUUCUUGGGCGCAAUAACGCUCGAUCUCAAUCGAUUUCCCCGAGGAGCAAAAAAUAGUAAGCUCUGCUCAUUAAGCAUGCUAAAAACAGACGGAUCUGUGCCAACGGUUAACAUUUUCAAGCAGAAACGUAUAAAGGGGUGGUGGCCAUUUUAUGUAAAGAAAGAGAAUGAAGACAUGGAGCUGACGGGCAAGGUCGAAGCUGAGAUACAUUUGCUUACAAAAGAAGAGGCAGAAAAAAAUCCUGCUGGUUUUGGUAGAAAUGAACCUGAUCCACUGGAUAAGCCAAAUCGUCCGGAUGCAUCCUUUAUGUGGUUUCUCAAUCCACUAAAGUCCAUCAAAUAUAUAGUUUGGCACAACUAUAAAUGGGCUAUCCUGAAAGCCAUAAUUGCAAUUGGAUUGAUUAUACUUCUGCUCUUAUUCUUUUAUGCAAUACCAGGUUAUUCGGUGAAAAAGAUCUUAGGAGCUUAAAAAUGAUAUUCGUCGCAAUG